CCAACGCAGCUUCCCCAUCCACAUCCGCUGCCAGCCUGCCCACCAUCGCCCACCCUCGGACUGUCCACCGGCUGCCUGCAAGCUCCAGCACCCGCUCCGACGCCCCUGCCCCCGCACCGCGCCCUCCUCGCGGCCCGCCCCCCGCCGUCUGCGCAUUCGCCGCUCGCCGGGCACUUCUCCUCCGCCGUACACGCCGUGCACCCCGUGCACGCCAACCGCCCACGAUGAGCGGCAGCAGCGACCCCGAGCGGGACCACGCCCUGGAAGAGUACAAGGGCAAGCUGCUGGAGUCGCGCGAGUGGGAGGCCAAGCUGAAGGCGCUGCGAUUAGAGAUCAAGGGCCUGCAGCACGACUUCGACGUGUCCGAGGACAACAUCAAGGCGCUGCAGAGCGUGGGCCAGAUAAUAGGCGAGGUGCUCAAGCAGCUGGACGAGGAGCGAUUCAUUGUCAAGGCGUCGUCGGGCCCCCGAUACGUCGUGGGCUGUCGGUCAAAGGUUGACAAGCUGAAGCUCAAGCAAGGAACCCGCGUUGCGCUCGACAUGACCACGCUCACCAUCAUGCGCAUGCUGCCCCGCGAGGUCGACCCGCUGGUCUACAACAUGUCGCUCGAAGACCCCGGCCAGGUGAGCUUUGGCGGCAUCGGCGGCCUGAACGAGCAGAUCCGCGAACUUCGCGAAGUCAUCGAGCUGCCGCUGAAGAACCCCGAGCUAUUCCUGCGGGUCGGCAUCAAGCCCCCUAAGGGCGUUCUGUUGUACGGUCCGCCCGGCACCGGAAAGACGUUGCUCGCACGUGCAGUGGCAAGCAGCCUGGAGACCAACUUCCUCAAGGUCGUGUCCUCGGCCAUUGUCGACAAAUACAUUGGCGAAUCGGCGCGCUUGAUCCGUGAGAUGUUCGGCUACGCAAAAGAGCACGAGCCCUGCAUCAUCUUCAUGGACGAGAUCGACGCUAUCGGUGGUCGGCGCUUCUCCGAGGGUACUUCAGCAGACCGGGAGAUCCAGCGAACCCUCAUGGAGCUGCUCAACCAGCUCGACGGUUUCGACUACCUGGGACAAACCAAGAUCAUCAUGGCGACGAACCGGCCGGAUACCCUUGACCCUGCCUUGUUGCGUGCAGGACGCCUGGACAGGAAGAUUGAAAUCCCUCUGCCGAACGAGGCCGGUCGAUUGGAGGUUUUGAAGAUUCACGCAAGCGGUGUGCAGACCGAGGGAGAGAUCGACUUUGAGAGCAUCGUCAAAAUGAGCGAUCAAUUCAACGGAGCUGACCUACGAAAUGUGGUCACUGAAGCUGGUCUGUUUGCGAUCAAGGAUUACCGGGAUGCCAUCAACCAAGACGAUUUCAAUAAAGCUGUGCGCAAGAUGGCCGAGUCGAAGAAGUUGGAGGGCAAGCUGGAAUACCAGAAGUUGUAGAAUGCUUGAUCCUGAAGGGUUACGGGUCGCUGCCCGAACAAGGCUAUCAUGUACCAUAACGAUAACUAUGUAGCAGAACAAAUAUCUGCUUCACGACUUGAACGCUAACACCCGAGGAAUCGCAUCCAUCCUUGUCUCGACGUCCUUGAGUGGGUCUUCACCAAUGGUCCACCUGAGCUCUAUUUCGCCAAAGUAGUUCGGCGUCUCGCUUACUUUGCUGAAGCCUACGCCUUCAAAAAGCUUGGUGCUUCGGACGUUAUCUUUGUGGAUCUUCGCGCGCAGGU